AGCCCUCAUAAAGCAAAUAUCCAAAAAGAACAUUGUGCAGGCUCUGCCAAACUGGUCUCUCACUGGCAGAUGACGCCUUUCAGUGCAGACGGUGAACCGAGCGUGGAAUAGAUCUCCAGAAGCGGGGCACAUUCAGAAGCUCGAUAUGAGGUUAAGCGUCCUGUGGUUAAUAUUAGUCCUUCAUUUCGAUGCUUUCGCCAAUUACAAGGGCAAGGUCGAAUGCGCCUCCGACGCUUCAUCCACGGUUGAAGCUACCACCGUGAUAUCGGAACAUCGAGAGCAAGGUUCGACCGCGGUGACGGCAAUGACCGAAGUUGUGCCGGACACCGUGACGACUCGGGGCACGCCGAAGCCCUGGGUUUUGGACACCGUGCGAGCCUUCAUGGCGAAGAACAUGGCCAGCGCUGGAAGUGGCUUUGCUCGCAAGCUGCUGCAUGCGGACAUUUCCAGCGAGUGCAGCAUCGGUAUUUUGCAGUUCAUGAGAGCCAUCAAGGAUCUGGAACCAUGGGCCGUGAGAAUGAUCGACGCGUCGGCCAAGAUACCGAUCGGAUUGUUCCAAACGACUGUUGUCGAAUUCGGAGCGUACGACGAGUGCAUCGAGACGGUGGUCCGCAACGAGGACGGAACGGAUCGAGUCAGGGCCCAAUACUGCAACCUGCACGUGAAAUCAGGAGGUGACCUGUCUGUGAUCGAAGAGUUCUUGCCGAUGUUCGAGAUGUCCCACAAGAGGGCUGCAAAUUUCUCGGCUUACUUGACCGACGACAGGCUACCUGGCUUUCGUCUUGGCAUAUGCGUCAUGACUGACUGUACAGAGCGCGACCUUCAAGAGAUUGCGAAUACUUUUGUAGGAGGAAUAUUCAAAGUGACGGUAAGAAAUUGCGUCACAAGUCAAGACGAAGACAUCAACACUGCGCAAAUCAUUAUACUAGCUGUGUUGGGAACCAUUGCCGUCACAGUGAUAGUGGGCACCGCUCUCGACGUCUUCCUUCCUAAGGAGAAACAAAACGAAAGACUUGGUUGUUUGAUGAACUGCAUGACUGCUUUCUCGUUGGUCAAGAACACAAAGUUCCUUUUCGGAGCACACAGGACCGAAAAGUCUGACACGUACGUCUACGGCUUCGUACAUGGGCUUCGCUUUUUCGGCAUAUUCUGGAUCGUCCUCGGCCACUCAUACGCAAGCGGAAUUUACAAUUCCUCCAGAGUGAUAAAUGCCCUAGAGUAUUUUGAACACUGGUACACACUUAUCGUGACUUUCGGAUACCAGGCCGUGGAUACAUUCUUCUUCCUCAGUGGCUUCUUUAUUUACUUCAAGUUAGAUAAGGAGAACGGAAAUGUGAUGAUUGUUACGGUCAUCGCGAUUGUGCGACGGUUCAUCAGGGUUACCGUUCCAACGUUCUUCAUGAUCAUGUGCAUAUACAUUCUACCGCUGGUGGCCUCUGGCCCCAACUCCAAAGAAUUUUACAGCAGAUUUUACGAUGAAAUUCGAGACCACUGGUGGGACUUGCUGUUUCUAGUCAGAAACUGGAGAGAAGACUUCAUUAUUCCAAUCCUGGCCCACCUCUGGUAUAUAUCGACGGAUUUCCAGCUGUUUAUUGUCAGUGUCCUAGUUAUACAAUUUUUGAAAAGGAUAUACUUGGAAACAAUGAAUAAGUCUUACACGCGCCCGUUCUAUCAUGGCGUUUGCUUCUUCUCUGGCUGUAUGACGUUCCUAGCCGUGCAAAAGUACGGCACAAGAAGAUUAUCGAAGGUGUUCCAGGCUGCUUGCUGGUGUGCAGCGUUAUUCUGCGGCCUCUUCUGCCUUUUCGUGAGGCACCUGUGGUACCGCAGCGACGGCCGAGCCAGUGAGCCAACGCGCAUGGCGCACGCCUUCACUGACCGGAUACUGUGGUCCGUGUGCGUCGCUUGGUUCAUGUUCGCCUGCGCGACCAGCAGGGCAGGCCCGCUAAGCCGCUUUCUGUCAUGGGAAGGUCUGCUACCGCUGAGCCGGCUCUCGUUCGGUGCGUACCUGCUGCACGUUCCCAUCCAGACGCUAUCUUACUUCAUCGCCAGGGAGCGAACCUUCUUCUCGCACUACACGCUGGUGUCGUCGUGUUUCGCUGCGAUCAUCUGGAGCUACGUCCUGAGUUACCUCAUGUUCAUCGCUUGCGAAGGUCCCACUGCCAACUUGGAAGCGUUGCUCUUUGUGCGCCGCAAGCGCAAACAGAGCGAGUGCAAGAGCGCAGACCUGAAUGGCAACCGAAUGGGAGACAGGAAAUUGCAAAUGUGUUUUCAGAACAAAGCGGCUCGCUCUCCAGCCGUUGGUUCCGGCUCCAUCGGCAUUGUGUAUCGGUUGUGACGACCACACUAUUUGAAACCACCACAAAUACAACCGCGUUAUUGUAAAUAAAUAUUAAGGUACCGGCGCUGUGUUUAUAAAUGUGUCGUGUGUCGUGAAUACUUGGGUGCACCUCGAACAGAAAAUCUUUAGAGCUGUAGAUGAUCUCUGUUAAGACGAGCUUCUGACGAGAGUUCAAGGCUCCUUCGAGCCGUUAAUUGUAUUUGUCUCCUCAUCUCCUAUCCGUGCGUAGAGCAGUUAACUAGAGAAUGAUAGCGUAUACCGACCUCUCUGCCUUCACUAGGAUAAUUCUUCUCACUUUCAAUGCCACUAGCUCUUUCUAGAGUUCGGGCAGGUCUUCAAGCACACUAGUACAUCCUUUGUGUGCAGGAAGAGCUAACAUCAAGCUGAAGCGACUUUUUGUUAAUAAGUAAAUCAAAUCUCAACCUGGAUCAUAAAUAUUUUAAGGUUUCAGAAGUGUCAAGGUCUCUUCAAGAUCUAGGACAUUGUUGAUACAAAUCUUCGCACUUAGCUACACUGCUCUGCAGGCCCUAUUUCUCUAUCACGUGAGGUACUCGUGGCCUGAUGUUUCCGCGAGCGGUAGUUAUGAAACAAAGAAAUUGACCGAUCUUGCUCGUUCGUUCUUUGCGCUUUGCUCCCAGCGGGGCAGAACGUGACGUAAAAGAUAUCCGACCUGCGAUCGAACCAACUAUUUUGCGUUUUCAAGUGGAGUAUAAAACGACUGCGAUAGCACAAGUUUUUUAUUGCUUGUUUUGUUAUUGUGGGGAGUGCGCUAAAGAACUUUUCAUUUUUUCAAGCGCCCCCAAAAAAAUCCAAUGUACAACAAAUUGAACCAUCACGAUUUAUAAAUGCCAGCAAUAGUUUGAA